AUGGCCGUCCCUUCGACCUUCCACCAAUUCCCUCACCUGCCCAUGGAGCUUCGAUGCAUGGUUUGGGACAUAGCAUGCGAUACCGGCCCAAUGCGUCUACACUUGAAGCAUCCCAUUGGAAUGUGGAAUCACCUCAUGAGCUUCCUGAUUUCCGAAAAGUGGCACAAAACCAUAAGCAACCAUCAGCGCCAGCGUCUCGCGCUCCUACACACCAGGUCGGAGUCGCGCAUAGUUGGCUUGAAACGCUAUGAUGUCAUCCAUGGACAUGAUUUUCCAAUCUUCCUGUCGCGCGCUGAGUACAAGAACUGCAACAUAGAAAACUGGCUUGGCCUCACGAUGAAAAUAAGAGAGAGCUUUGGGAGACAAUUCGCGAUCGAUUGGAGCAGAGACAUGGUGUAUUUUGAAGAUAUGAAGGACUCACAAGAGGCAAAAUUCCCAUUCUCACCCCAGGCUCCCUGGAGCAAGAUUGUCAAACUUGGUCUCAAUCUCGACAACUUCUCUACUCGCCUAUCCGCUGACCCUGCGAAAACAGAAAGCCAAAUCUCCCGAUGGCUCCAAGCCUUCCUUCCAAUAUUCGCCAACCUGCAAGAGCUCACGCUCACCAUCACUGGCGUAUUCAAAAUGGCCCCCGACGAGCUGAAGGAUUACGACUACAUGACUCCUCUUCAAGCGCUACCACGGGACGGCUACUAUUUUUCGCCCAACCCAAAGGAAACACUGGGCAACCGGGGCGGCUUGCAGGUCUAUCAAGCUCUGCGCAGCUCCAUAAAGUUCAAUCACCACCACCUAGCCUUUACCAGUGCUUCACCAACCCACUCGACCACCUUCUCGAACGGUAAACAAGUUUCGUGGACCCCAAGCUUCAACACCCAAUCGACCACCUCUUCGAAAGUUGAACAAUCCGUCGUGCAACCCAAGUUUCACCACCCCACACGAUCACAUCUUCGAAAGAUGGAUCUCUACGCGCAGGAGAAGACGAUGAAUUACCGAGGCGUGACCAAGCACAGCGCCAGCGAUGGUGAGGCGAUCCCGGAGGAUAAGAACACAUCGCUCUACGUUACAGGUCUUCCGUACGACGUCACGUACAAUAGCUUCUUCAAGGCUAUUCGUAAGGCUGGCGGAAUCCGACACUGCCACCUGAACCCACCGGCUGCUCUGAACCCCGUCAUCAGCGCCGCGAAAGUGGUGUUCUUCACCCGCCAGGCGGCAGACAAGGUUUUCCAGGAUGCCCAGGCUGGAAACUUCAAGGUCCAAGGCACGAUCCCACGGGUUGUGUGGAACAGGAUCCCAACAAGCGAGGAGCCAGCCGACGGCAGAAGCCGCGUGCUCCGUUACACCUUUGCGAGUCAUCGCUGCCAGAGCUACUUCUCGCACGGGUCCGGCUGGAACGUGACCAGCAUUGUGACCGCCGGAGCUACAUUCAUCAUCAGCAUUGCCAUUCUUCCCUUCUCACACUCCACACUAGACUCUCACACCAUCCUGGAUUUUUGCAAUGUUGCAAAGGAGAUGAUGAUGGCAUUCGGUCAGAGAUCGUAUUCGAUGAUUGCGGAAAUGGCGAAAUCGAUGAUCACGUCGACCGCGAAUGGCUCAGCUUGGAUUGCUGGAAUGGUGUCUGCGAUGAUCGACAUUAUGCUGAAGAAGUUCGAGCCUGCUCUCCCGUCUCCGGGAUUGAUCAUCGCGGCUGCAGGGGAGAGGAGAGAACUGUGCGACCCGCGCCCUACACCAGGUCGCAAGGCUAGGCCGCGCUGGGAUGACAUGGAACUCUCGGAGGAGUUCAAGGCGCGCUUCCACAUCCCCAAGCCCGAGAAGCCCAAGGGCCGCCUGAACGCGCUGCAGAAGGACAAGCUCUUCAAGCAGCAGACUGAUAUGGACCCGAGCCAGUCGUUCCACGACCUGCACGUCUGCCACAAGAAGGGCGCGCGAGGCUCGCCCAUGUACGACUCGGCGGGCUUCCAGCUGGACUACAAGAAGGUCGACGACUGGUUUAAGCCCGGCGUGUCCAGCAAGUCGGCGGCGAUAAACGGCAUGGAGAGGCGGAUUGAGAGGGGCAAGCGCGAGGAGAAGGAAAUGUAUGCCUCCUUCUUCAUCGACUUCGUCGAGGGCGAGGGUCCCGACGGCACCGACAUGUACGAUGUUAAGUACUACGUCAAGGACCACGUCUCGAAGGACCUUGGGGUGCCGUGGCACGAGCCGAAUGCGGAGGAGAAGAAGCGCAUGUUGAAGAUGAUGGGAGGGGCGAGCUUGAGGAAAGAUCUCUAG